UGGUUUGAAUGUACAACGAUGAGAGAUGUCGUAUGCAGCAACUAUUCUGCUUGUGUGGACAAGUGUUCCUAUAGUUUUAUUUGUUGGUACUUUGUUAUAUUACGACUUGUAGGUAUUCCAAUAAAGAAGAAGGAUCCGUUAUGGCGCCGGUAGUUGGAUUAUUAGAACAAUACGAAAGAUGUGGCUUACAUGUUGCAAUGGUCUUGUUAUUCGUUGCUUAAGUUAUGUAAAACGAAAGGAUAAUAGACGUCAAGAUAUUUGAGAGAUAUUUAAUAUGGCAGAGAGCAGAAUGGAGUCAAAGACUAUCGAUAAUCAAAUGAACAAGGGUCAAAUGGACGUCAACGAAUGUCUAGGCAAUUGGCUUAUUUAUUUGCAGACUCUUAACGAUCUUUGUACAGCUGGUACUAAAUUGGCCCAAUCGUUGCAAGCACUUCUAUCUGUACACGAUACAGUUGCUCAAUAUCGUUUGUCAGGACAAUGUCUUGCCGGUUGGGAUGAAUUAUCAAGAGCUACAAAUGUUGCCAGUAAUACUGUUAAGAAUCAUGUUAUCGCUGCGUUGAAGGAUCACGAAGCUAGAAAUAAUGAUGGUGAUAAACAUGAUAUUCUAAAAGACAAUUUGUUAACAUUUAUUAAUUUACAAUACCAAUUUUGUGUGGCCUGUUGCGAAUGCCUUGGUGGAAUGGCAGAAUGUUCUUGUUCUCAAAGCGGUAGCGCUGAUUGUGAUAUUGCUGCGCUUCAACAAUGUUUUGAAAGGUUAUAUAGAUCACCGAUAUCAUCUUCCACUGCACAACAAUCUGUGCAAAAUUGUCACAGAUCACCUUUACCUUAUCCGUUGUUUCCUCUGCAGGUUCAGAGGAGGUGGUCUGAGACAGCUGCAGCAGAUAUGUCUGGAGAAUCUUCAGAAAAUACUAUGAGAAGAUGGUCUAUGCCAUGGGAUUGUCGUCAUGUUACUGAAUGGCCACGACAGGAAGUUAGAUCAAGACUUAAAGUACCCCAUCAAGAUCGUAGUAGAUCGACUACACCUGAUUCCGUUUGGAAAGCUUCUGCGAUGGCUAGUCAGGAUGGUCUUCGCGAAGCUAUUCAACUUCUUUCUUGUAAACCAGGUAUUAGGCCAUCGAAUCAAUUAUCGGUUUACACUACUCAGCACAUUCCUGGUGUGACUUUAACUACAUGUAAUUACGAAGCUAAUUACGAUUCAACGGUUUGGCCCGAAUCACGUAGAGUAUGUUCAUCGAGAUGUUGGCCACACGAUUCUCAUUCGACGAGCGAUCACUCUGAUCAAUCUGGACAUCGUGACAGUGAUCAAAGUGUUCACAGUGGUGGAGAUCACAGAGAUUCAGAGCAGAGUGUUGCUAGUGGUAGUGGUUAUGGGGAUAGCAAAGAUAGCAUUCAUUCUCAUAAUAGCGAUCACAGAGAUAAUGAACUUGGAACAACUGAAGCUUUGCCAUCGAGAAAGAGUAGUUCUUCAACGGAUUCAUGUGUUUCCGCUUAUAGUCGUUCUGGUUCUGAAAGUGCUGGUGGUGGUGGUGGUGGGGAGUGUUCAAGGUCUCAAUUAUAUAGUAUGUGGAGUGGCAAUGACGUACCUUUCAUAAAAUUACCGGAAAGCAGCGAAGUACAAGACGAACAUCCGCCGACCUAAAAUGUGUGUGUGUUCAUUUUUUUUUAUUUUUCUUUUUUUUCUAGUUCCUUUAAUUAUUAUUAUUAUUAUUAUUAUUAUUAUAUAAUUUGAUAUUAUAUCAUAAAUUAUAAUGAAAAGUCACGUUAUUCCUUUCACGGAAACUUUGACUUAUGAUACGGAAAAAAUAUUCGUUAAAAUUAAAUGACCAAUAGAAUUAAUGUUUCGAGUGACUUAAAAAUUUCAAAUUUUAUCAGAAUCACAUAGUGAUUCGACGAAUUCUAUUUGUGACAUUUGCAUGUUUGAUAUUUAUGAGCGUAAUAUGACAAACACACGUGUUUUAAUUUUUAACGACUCAUAUAGAUUGUGAGUCAAUAAAAAGGAAAAAAAUGAAACAAGUGGGGCAGAAAAUGUAAGUAAUAUUGUUAUCCAUUAUUAUUAUUAUUUCAUAUUUAUACUCCCAAAGAAAUACAAAAUU